UCAAUAUUUUGUAUGUAAACUCAACUGCUUCUAUACUCAACUCUUAUGUUAAUAACUCCAAAAUGGAGACGCAGCGUGUUAUUGUGAUAUCUGCCAUUGUGGCCAUGUGCAUCGCUGUAUUGAUGUCUGGAUAUUUCACUCGGAUAAAGAAUCAAGGUGUGAAAAGAAUGAAGGAUGCUGCCCACAGGGAUAUGCCGAGUGCCAGAAGUGAUAUUAAUUCGCAAACUUCGUCUUCUCAGUCUCAAAAGAAAGAAGGUAAUAAUAACAAAGGGAAGAAAAAAAAUUGGGCAAACACUAUGCUUCCAUUUUACAGCUUGGGAAUAAUUGCUUAUGUUUUGUUUGUUGUGGGAAAAAUUAUGUCAAAAAAGUAUUCAGAUGUAAGGAAAAAUGAUCAUGUGAAAUUAAGUUGGAACAAGCAGCAACGUUCAACCAAGGGAAAAGCAAAAACCAAAAUUACAAUGCAUGAACUCCGUCAGCUUGAGGACAAAUUACAAGAGACUGAGAAAGCUGUACAAGAGAUAUUCUCCAGAGCAUGUGAUGCGAUGUCUGCGACACAAAAGACUUUAGAUAGUGAUAGUUCUGAUGAUGAAAACGUUCCAUCCCUUACAAGAUAUCCGUCCACUUCUGCCACCAAUUCUGAAAAUGAAGAGACUGCUAACCGAAAUAAAACAAGGUUGAAGAAGGGCGUUCGUGAUCAAGAAAUAUUUGGAAUCAAGCGUGUUCGGAGAAUAAAGCGAAGUGUUCGUGAUAGAAGCAAAGCGGCAGCCCCUUAUAUGUUACAAGAAUCUUCUAGUGAUGAUGAAUGUGUGAGUCCUAUGAAUACAAGAGAUGGUCGAGGUAAAAUUUCAGAUUCAUCUCUGCUGACACAACCACCAAAUCAACAAGAAAAUAAUGAAGAACUUAUGGAAACUGCCAAUAGUAUCAGGAAGACAAUGUCUGAGUUGCAGGUUUAUUUGGAUGAUAAAAAGGCUGAACUAAGUGGAGAUUAAACUGCUUGUUCUCAAAUGAUUUUUGUAGAUUUUGAAAUAUGAAACAUGUAGUGGAUAUAGUACAUAGCAAUUGAUACAAUAUUUUAUAAACCUAUUUUUGUACUACAUUAUUAUCUCUUUGCAUCAUACUCUUGCUUUUCAAUUCAUAACGUCAAAAAGGCUUCUUAGAAAGUACCAGCAUUCUGUUUUUGAUGCCAUGAGGUAAAGAUCAAAAUAUCUGAAUCAAUUAUGGAUACAAUGUUAACUAAAUGUUUUAUUUUAGCUAGUUAUUUUAUGAGGCCGUUAAUAGAUUUCUUAAAGCGGCUGAUAUUCUGCUGAUUUUCAAAACAUGUGAUUAUUUAAUGCUUCAGCGUCAAUGAAAAUUGGCAGAUAAUACUUUUUUUUUAUUAAGUUCUCAUUAAUUUCAAUCAAUGAUGGUGAGUUAUUUCACUGUGAAGCGACAUGAAUUUUAGCGCAUUGCAAUAUUGUAAGUCAUCUGCCGUAGCGUAAAUGAAAACUGGCCGAUAAUACUUUUUUUAAAACUCUCUUUAAUUUCAAUCUAUGAUGGUGAGUUAUGUCACUGUGAAGCGACGUGAAUUUGAGCACAUUGCAAUAUUUGUAAGUCUUCAUGUUAAUCCUGAAAUGUGUUGUAUGCGAUCGAUUAAUGAUUAACAAAAACUUGUGCUUUCAACAGAGGCCAGACGCGUUACGAUCAGCUCCGAUUCAGAUAUCCCUAAAUAUUUAAUGAUAGGUUCGAUUAUUUUUUUGCAGUUUGCAGACAUUUGUUGUCGCUUAAUGAAAUCAAAGCUUUACGUUAUGUUGUAAACAUUAUUUUCGUGCUUUAUUGUCACUGUGCUUAUACUUUUUUAUAUUUAUGAAUGUAUGAAUGUCGUUGUUGUGAAAAUAUUAUAUUCUGCAACCUGCAGUAAAUACCUGGCAUACUUACCACUUUACCAGUCUCUAUGUACCAUGUCGAAAAUAUCAACCACUAGAGAAUAUAGCGCUUGAUCUAUUGUUACGAUUUAUUCCAUGCCGUGCGACUCGAGGGGCGUUUACACUGGAUGCGACGAGGCAUGCGCCCGAAAUCGCUCCUUUGGCGCCCUCAGUGAUGCAAAAAUGACGCGCGCAAUGUGAACAGUGAACACCUGUGACGCGCGAGCAGAGUCGCCGCGUCACAUCCAGUGUAAACGCAAUUAAUGCGCAGAUUAUCGGACCAUCGGUAGCCUAUAUAAUGGUAUAUGAUAUUACGUCUACCAGUCAAUUGCUCCUAGACGGAUGCAACUCUGGUACAAAUAAAACAUUAUAAAUGGCAUACUGGAGGAAAUAUAUACAUCUUUUGUUGAUGUGGCUGAGCGAUUCUGAAGUAGCCUGCUUGUAAUUUGUUGUUGUUUUUUUGAAAAGGGAGAAUUUACUAUAAAAUGAUCACCAUCUUUUAUGGAAUUUCCAUGUAUCCCCAAGUCAUUUGGCAAAGGUAUAUAUGACUUCGCCUUCAAAAUGAAGUUUCAACUAUUUUAUCAUUGAUUUGUUUAGUUUAGCGGAUUCUUGCGUCUCCCAAACAAUACACUGUCUUAAUACAUCUGCAAAAUAGAAUCGGACAUGGACCUAUCCGAAAUAACCGUUUUCAUUGUUGCCAUAUCCUAGAUCUCACCUAAUAAAUGAAACUGCAGUGUCUGUGACAAAAAGUAAAAGCGACAUGUUGCAAUACGCUAUCGCAGAAUCCCGAAUAUCCCCUAUUUAUUGGCGUUGUUUUGAUACAUCAUCAAUCAACAGAUUUUUAAAGGUAUUUAUAAAAAUAAAGACGAAAUCAGAAAAUGUGA